AUCUCAUUGGUUGAACCACCUCGGUGCAAGAAAACAAAAAAAUUAUACACACAGAAAGAUUGUGCGCCCCACAAAUCUCAUCUGCUGAGAACUGUAUUCCUUUCUUCAACUUGUAAAGAAUUUUUCCAUACAGCUUUCUAUAUAUAUAGAUUCGUGAGUUCAAUAACCCUAAUAAUGGUGAAGUUGUAGAGAGAAAGUGAGCUAAAAGCUUGGCGAUGUUGGAGAAGUGGUGCGGAAAUCGAGGUAAAGAUUCCCGUCUUUGUAACUUUAACCCGGACCCGGUUUGUAACAUUGACUGUGCAAGAAAUGCCUACGUCACCUGAAGAAAACCCUAACCCUAAGGUGAAAUCGUCGGCGACGGCGAAGAAACGGCGGUCGAGCUUGUCGGAUAUAUGGUUUAACAAGGAUACUCAGGCGUUGAAGCAAUUGGUGCUUCAAAUGCGAGCUCAAUCGGUUUCUAAUUCCACUACUCCACCUUCUGAGUCUGAAUCUGAUAUCCAAUCCCUAACCCUAGAAGACCCGGAGCCGACCCGUUUCAGUUCAGCACCGGAUUAUACUACCCUACUUUCUGAUAAGUUGCUUUUGAGUGUGCUUUCGAAGCUUCCAGAACAGCAACAUAUUUCUAAUUCAUUGGUUUGUAAGCGUUGGUGUAAGCUUAGUGGGAAGUUGGUUAGGUCUAUUAAGCUGUUCGAUUGGGAAUUUUUGGAAUCUGGGAGGCUUAGUUAUAGGUUUCCGGGUUUAAUUGACAUUGACCUAGUUCGAGCUUUUGUAAAAUCACGGAGGAAUUCGGGAAUUGUGAUGAGUCAUAGGCUCAUUUCAGUGCAUUUGGAUUCGAGCUCUAUCGAUGGAGGGUUUGUUAGGAAAGAGGGGUUUUUGGGAAAAGAGGUAAUUGAUGGAGGGGUUAAGGUUUUAGUUGAGGGUUGUGCUAAUUUAAGAAGAAUAGCAUUGAUGAAUGCAAGUGUAGAGGGGCUGGGUUAUUUGGGUGAAAAGUGUGAAACUUUGCAGGAGUUGGAAUUGCAUUUCUGUGAUGACUUCGCAUUGAAGGGGUUGUCUGGCUGUAGGAAUUUGCAGAUACUGAAAUUGGUUGGCUGUAUUGAUGGAUUAUAUAAUUCCAUGGUUUCGGAUAUAGGGUUGACCAUUUUGGCUCAAGGAUGUCCGCGUUUACUGAAGCUUGAGCUGAUCGGAUGUGAGGGAAGUUAUGAUGGGAUCAAAGCAAUUGGCCAGUGCUGUCAGAUGCUAGAGGAAUUGAUACUUUGUGAUCAUAGGAUGGAUGGUGGGUGGUUGUCAGCUUUGUCAUAUUGCAGCAACUUGAAAACUUUAAAGCUUCAGUGUUGUAAGGUUUUAGAUUCACGUCCUGGCCCUGAUGAGCACUUGGGUUCUUGUUCUACUCUCGAGGAUCUACAUUUACAACAGUGUCAAUUACGGGAUAAGCAAGGUGUGAGAGCAUUGUUUAUGGUUUGUGGGACUGUCCGAGAGCUCGUCUUUGGAGACUGUUGGGGAUUAGACAACACUAUAUUUGCUUCUGCAAGUGUUUGUCGGAGCUUGAAAAUUCUCUCUUUGGAAGGAUGCUCGUUGCUCACGACGGAAGGAUUAGAUUCGAUAGUUCAGUCAUGGAAAGAGAUUGAAAGGCUUAAGGUAGUCUCAUGUUACAACAUUAAGGAUAGUGAAAUAACACCAGAACUAGCAACUUUAUUUUCUGUUCUCAAAGAGCUAAAGUGGAGGCCAGAUUCUCGAUCAUUUCUAUCAUCAGGUCUUGAAGGGACUGGUAUUGGGCAGAAAGGUGGUAGAUCGCUGCGGAGGAAGUAGAGUGUGGACAAACUGAUGACAAGAAAUUGAUUCCUUUGUACACUCUAGGAGGUUUAGCCGUGCAAAUAUUAUGAAAAUGCAAGUAAUAACAUUUGACGGUUUUGGCAUGUGCAUUCCGUCAAAACUCUGAAGAUGCUUUGGUAGAUCUUUUGUUGGUUUAUAGCCAAUCAACCAAUUCUCUUUAGGUUUAGAAUACUAAAUUUUUCUCCGUUUUGUACAUGGGUUAGCCUUUUUGUACCAAAUACAGUGGUAGCUAGCUAUGUGUUUUAGAUUUAUAGUUACCUCUUGAACAACUCGAGAAUAAUGUGUACGAGAUUUUUAAAUUUGAUAAAUGUACUGAUUUCUAGGAAUAAAGAAGGGAGUCGUACUCAUUCUUUUUA